ACCAAAAAAUUAUUUCAUACUUUUUUUUUUUUUUAAAUAUAUAUAUAAGGGUGAGACCCUAUUCUUUUUCCUGUAAUCGAAAGCAAAAAGCGAUAAAAAAAUUUCUCUCAAAAUCGUAGCGGCCAAACACGCGAUGAUUAGCGUUCUCGCUCAGGAGCGGCUCUUAGGAGCUGCGUUGGGAUGCGCAUUCACGGGAAUCGUAGUAUUUGAGGAGCGCAAAAGCAUCUACAGGUCCAUUUCGGAUCCCCACUCUCCUAUCCGUACCCAAUCUCAGAUUAAGGAGCCUAUAUUUGGAAAGAAAUAUCGCUCAGAGUGUGCACAUCUUUGGAACAAAGCUGUGGACCAGACAUUCCGACCUAUGAUCGAAGCUCUUAGCUCGCGCGGGUGGUAGAUUUGUUUUUUAAGUAAAAGAUUGUUGACCAAUGUAUGACUGUCUCUAUUUCUUAUAGGUUUCUACUUGUUUUGAAAGCAACGUGUAUCUUAGACAGAAGUCUUUGCUUUCAAGUUUCAAAAUUCCUGCAUAAUAGCCUAUGAUACUCGUAAUUGUCUUUUAUCUUUUAUAUGAUACUCGUAAUUGUCUUUUAUAUUUAAUAUUGAAUGCGAUUAAUCUUCUGUUUAUUCA